AUGUUCCUCAGAGCCUCUCUCCUAGCCCUUCUCCCGGCCUUGGCAGCCAGCAUCCAGCUCCCGGGCUACAACGGCAUGAAGGUCCUCUGGCAAGACACGUUCACCGGCUCGGCCGGGUCCCCUGUCAACGGUGACCUGUGGGACGUUGCCAAUGUCAAGAUGAACAACGGCAACAACGAGCAGCAGACCUACACCGGCUCCAACCACAACCUGCAGCUCUCCGGCGGCGGCACCGUGCAGCUCGUCCCCUGGCGCGACCAGGCCGCCGGCUGGACGUCGGCGCGCAUCGAGUCCAAGGCCACCUUCACGCCGGCCCCGGGCAAGGUCACCCGCGUCGAGGCGUCGAUCCGCAUGGGCGCCGCGCCCGCGGGCAGCAAGGCCGGCGUGUGGCCCGCCUUCUGGAUGCUGGGCGACGCCGUGCACCACGGCACGCAGUGGCCGCUGUGCGGCGAGCUCGACGUCCUCGAGAUGCGCAACGGCGAGGGCACGGCGUACGGCACGGCGCACUGCGGGCCCUCGGCGCAGGGCGGCGUGUGCAACGAGCCCGUCGGCCGCGGGGCCACGCUGCCCGUCGGGUUCGACUCCGAGUUCCACACCUGGAGCCUCGAGUGGGACCGGCGGCCCGGGGACUGGACCGCCGAGAAGAUCACCUGGUUCCGGGACGGGCAGGUGUUCAACUCGCUCACGGGGGCCGGGCUCGGCGACCAGGGCACCUGGAGCACGCUGGCGCAUGCGCCGUAUUAUAUCAUCUUGAAUGUGGCUGUUGGGGGUAACUUUGUGAGUGCUUCUGUCCUGGCUGGUGCGAGUGAUGGCGCGACAGAGUCUGGCUAUGGCAACAUGAUGGAGGUGCAGUAUGUUGGCGUUUGGGAGUCGGCCUAG